AUAUAAUAUAAUAUGAUAUUCUCUUAUAUAUUAUCUUAUAUAUAUGUAUCAAUACUAUAUAUAUAAUGGUAUUGAUAUCUUUUGCACUGAAGUACAGAAUAAUUUUUGUAGAUCAAUCAAUAUAUUCUAUAAUAAGAAUAUAUUGUCAUCAAUAUAUUCGUAUUAUACGUUUUUUAUUAUGAUUUUUUUAAGUUAUUUUGGUUUAAGUUAUACAAGUACUUUACAGAAUAAUGACCUAUAGUUUGCACCAAUUGCUUACUACGCGUAUCAAGUACUAUUUAUAUUCUGUACUAAAUCGGCUUAAUUUCAAUGAUGUAAACGAUAUUAAGAUGGUACGAUACGCAUAUCAAAAUGGUAUGCGUAUCAAGCAUACUUAUAAUGGUGUAAACACAGAAUUUUGCAUUGAAAAACGAAUUUUAUUUGAUUAUCAAAAAGAUGUACGGUGCAAACUAGGUCAAUGUUAUACAUAAAUAGAAAAUGUAUCUCCACGCUUUUAUUUGUAAAUGCCAUCACAAACGAUAGCUAUUAUGUCUAAUAGAUAACGGUUUUGUUAUGAAUUUGAUUAAGUAGAUAAAAUGUUUGACACGCACAAUUUUGAUGCGAAGCAUAUCAAACGUAUAGUUUAUUUUUCCAUGCUAUCAACGUUAAAUAUUAUGUGUAAGCUUUCUAUCUACAUUCAUAUCACUAUUCACUAUUGUAUCACAUAUAUAUGUUUGUAAUCGUCUACGUAUACGAUAGCUAGACGAGAAACCAAACAAUAAAGAGCAUCACAAUAUAUGUAUUUAUUGUUUACUCAUUUAUUCAAUAUUUUAUUACAAAGUUAAACCACAUGCGUGAUAUUUACCUGAAAUAUACUAGUCGAAUAUUAUAUAAUAGAUAAUCGGCAAUUUGAACUUCUUCUAAUAAUCGCGAUCAAAUCAAACUUUUUUGAGAAAAGUAAGCUUGCAUAUAAAAUACACCAUAAAAGUAGAAGAAAUUAUAAGAAAAGAAAUUAAUUUUUCAGUUUUAUAAAUAUAGCGUAAAUCAUACACAUAUUCUCUCUAGAGACCAUCAUCUUAUCUUUCUCUCUAUCUCUUCCGCUAUUUCUCGUGAUACUUCUUCAUUAGUAACAUUCUAGGCAUGAUAAAAAACAUUGAUAAUUAUUACGAGUUGCAAGUAAUAAUGGUUUCACUAAUUAGUGCACAAUGAAACGUCUAGAAACAGUGCUCUUUCUCGUGUUUUUCGCGAUCCUGAUGGAAAUGCGAUUCGCAGUUGUCACAUCGGAAAGCAAUAAGACUUAUUUAAACUCAAAAAUAAAGACAAAACCGCGUAUACCAUUAUGUUGUUACAAUGACACUUAUUUUGUUAUUGGAAAUUUCGAUUGCGAGGAAAGCGCAACAAACGCAACGAUACAAGAGAAACGAGUGCCGAAAAUUUAUGAGAUUGAUCUUGCAUCGAAAAACAUCAGUAUGAGCCACGAGCAUUUUUUCUUUGUGGUGCAAAGACCUACGUGCUUUGAAAAUCAAUUUCCAUUAUUGUCAAACAUUUUUGAAAAAAACAACUGGUAUCUUUUGUCGAACGGUUCUAUAUUGCAUCCUUUGCCUGAUUUAACGUAUUACCUCCUUGACUAUCAUCAGUACUGUCUAACGAGAUUGAUGAACAAGGAUAAAGACAAAGUGUAUUCAAACUAUUUUGUACAUUAUUGUAAGCAAUAUAUUAUUGCAAGCGAUGAAGAAGCCGAUGUUCAAUCGCGAUUAGUAUAUUCUCUCGGAAUGCUCAUUUCCGUACCGUUCUUGAUUGCUACGUACAUCGUUUAUUGGCUGCUACCUGAGCUGAGGAACAUACAUGGUCAGACAUUACUUAAAUAUGUUGGUUGCUUGAUAACGACAUACGGUACAUUGGGAGCAAUAGGAAUAGAACUGAUACAAAUCCAAGAGAUUUAUCCUUUUUGCAUCAUAAUUGCUCUUACAGUUACCUUCACUUUUACGGCGAGUUUCUUCUGGUUGAACGUGAUGUGCUUUGAUAUUUGGUGGACAUUAAGAGAAUUUCGUUCGUUACACAGGAGCGUAAAGCAAGAAAAACGAAAGAAAUUUGUAAUAUAUUCGAUCUAUGCAUGGGGAAGUGCGUUAUUUCUUACAUCUGUUAGUGCCAUCAUGGACUUUGUUCCUGGUAUACCAGAAGAUUUUCGACCGCAAUUCUGUCUCACUACUUUUUGGUAUCAUUCGGAUUUAGCGGAAGUGCUGUAUUUCUGGGGUCCUAUAAGUGUUACCAUUAUUUUUAACAUUUGUUUAUUUAUUUCCACAACCCAAAAGAUUAAACGUCACAAAAAGAGCACGAUCCAUUUGAAAAGCUCGGAGAGCAGACGUCACAUCGAUAGAGAACAACGGUUCAGCAUAUACUUCAAAUUGUUUAUCGUUAUGGGCAUGAGUUGGUCUUUGGAAAUAGUAUCAUGGGUCAUGGACAUGUUCGCUUAUGUGCCGAUAUAUUUUUGGUAUCUCAUCGACCUGACAAAUAUCCUGCAAGGCCUUGUUAUCUUCAUAUUAUUCGUGUUCAAGAAGAAAACCAAAAAUUUGUUGAUAAAACGAUUUAAUAAUUGUCGAUUCUGUCCUCGCAGAAACUUGACGAAUAGUGAUCACUUCAGCUCGGUCUCGCAUACUACUACAUUGAGGAUCAUACCUCUGCAGAAUAUUAAUUUACAUAGCUAAACGUAAAUUGGAGAAAUGUUCUUC